CUCUGUUCCUCUCUCACUAGUUGAGGCAAUCGGGAUUGGUGCGUAGUCGGUGACGUAAGCGAACGACGGUUCCACCCGUGGACCGUACCAAGUUCUCUUUUAUCUUUUAAGAUCCACGGUGAAAACUAAAUCUCCCGAGUAUCAUGCUAGUCACACUGCCUGCGAGAGAGUGAGCUUCUUUCUCCAUUCUUAUCACCGCUUUCGAUGAUAAGAAGUGUUUCACCGGAACGAGACACCGUAAGUGACCACUCUCCACUUUCGAUCGGGAGGAAAGUUUGAACUAUAGUUUCAAAUGGAAAAGAAGGACAGCGUAGAAGCUCCGAAACAAUUUAAACUUCUACCGAAAGUCAUAAAUGGCGGAAUCGCAGGAAUCAUCGGUGUCUCCGUGGUGUUUCCACUGGAUUUGGUUAAAACACGAUUACAGAAUCAAGUUAUCGGGCCUAAUGGGGAACGAAUGUACAAAUCAAUGCUCGACUGUUUCAAGAAGACUUAUAGAGCAGAAGGGUAUUUUGGGAUGUACAAAGGGUCUGGUGUAAAUAUUCUUUUAAUUACGCCUGAGAAAGCAAUUAAACUCACUGCCAACGAUACUUUCCGUCACUAUUUGUCCACGGGUCCUGGACAGAAACUGCCAAUAGAACGUGAGAUGCUUGCCGGUGGCCUAGCAGGAGCAUGUCAGAUUAUUGUUACAACUCCAAUGGAGCUCUUGAAGAUUCAAAUGCAAGAUGCAGGGCGAGUAGCAGCGGCGGCAGAGAAAGCUGGGAAAACUGUACCAAAGGUGUCAGCUCUCUCCCUAACAAAAGAUCUUCUGAGAAAGAGAGGUAUUUUAGGACUCUACCAAGGAACUGGUGCAACAGCUCUCAGAGAUGUUACGUUCUCCAUUAUCUACUUCCCACUAUUUGCUAGACUUAAUGAUAUUGGACCAAAAAGGGAGGAUGGUUCUUCCGUAUUUUGGUGUUCAUUCUUGGCUGGUUGUGCUGCUGGCUCUACAGCUGCUCUAACGGUCAAUCCAUUUGAUGUAAUCAAAACUAGGUUACAAGUGAUUAAGAAAGCUCCAGGAGAACCAACAUAUAAUGGUGUGUUCGACUGUAUAAGUAAAACAAUGCGCAAUGAAGGACCGACGGCGUUCUUUAAAGGCGGAGCCUGCAGAAUGAUUGUGAUAGCGCCUCUUUUCGGAAUAGCACAAACUGUAUACUACCUCGGCGUUGCAGAAUGGCUUUUGGGCCUUAAGUGAACAUCGCCCUCUAUCCUUUCUGCUAUCUUAAAUACUCUGGGAUUAAACUGACAAUAACUGGCGUAUUAUAGAUGUAUUUUUGCUUCCAAUGGUACUGUACGAUGCGCUGUUGCCGAUUUCGAUGAAACUUUGUUGCAGAGUAGUGAAUAUCUGGAUGUUAAACUACCAUUGAGCGUAAAUAAUUAGUCGCGAAAUAUUUAAUAAUAAUUUUCGCAUUUGUUUGUAUUAGUGGGUACAGCUCCGUUACUUUCGAUGGAAUUGCAUUUACGAAUGAAUCUUUGUUAUUGUUCAGCACUUAAUAAACAAGUGAAUAUUUACAUGUCCGAUUCUGCAAGGUUUAAAAUGUUGAUGUUCAUUCUCUCAACAGUGUUUCAUCAAAAUAUGGGAGUAAUGCAUUGCCCGGUUCCUUUGUUAGUACAGUUCACUAGUUCUCCAGUAAGUAAAUUGUUCUUUUUGAAUGAUCAUGGAACCUUGAUUAUCAGAAUUGAAACGUUUAUUUAGAAAUGAUCCGAUUUUUUAAUAUAAUAUCAACAGACUGAUUUAUAAAAUUUAUAAUUAUGCAAAUAAUUUAAAUCUUCAAAUAUUUAAUUUCACGAACUUAGGCACCUUACUUGUAUUUAUAUAUAAAUAUUUUUGAUCAUAAUUUAUGUAAAAUAAAAAUAUUUCACUUUUUAUUGUUGUCACCAUUGCAACACUUCGGAUAAUCAAGGUUUUCCUUUACGUAGUAGGGUCAAAUCAACGCUGUAACGUUGAUUCUGACUCAGUAUUAUAAUUCAUUGAAGACGAAGACCAGGAUUUACGAUCAUGUUCGCUUAUUUUAGUUGUCGAACUACCAUUGUAAGUCAUGAACUUUGUUCUUUGCGCCCUAUCGCCUUCUAUAUAAAUAUUAGUUCUUCAGUAACCAGUGUUCCCCCUUCCAUUAUUUAACUUGUUUCAGCGCAUUACUUAUUAAAAGAUCUUUAAUCAUUUAAGAAAAGUGUAAGUUCCUUAUCUAAUUAUUAACAUUUCAGUACAGAAAGUUUAACUAGAAUGAAGUGUAUGCCUCUCUGAAUUCGUCUAAUAGUUGAAAAACAAUGAAAUGUGUGGAAUAAACGACAUAUAAAAUAUUACAUAUCCCAAUGUACAUUACUGAGGAUAAACUGAACAUUUUUAGGACAUUUUUUAUAUUUAACUUUUUGUGUAUAUAUAUAUAUAUAUUCUUUCUGCAGUAUGUAUUAUAUUAGAAAUAAUUUUGGAAACACUGGUAUAAUAUAUCGUGAUAACAGGAGCUUACAUUUUGUAAGACUAGCUUUUGUGAGUCUAGUUGAUUUUUGAUUGUCACGAAUUAUUGCUGUUGUAAACUGACAGUGUUCAGGUUAACUCUUAAUUGGUGUAUGAUCAGAAGCAACCUCUAAUAAAGUAAAUUUAUUUUUUGGUAGUUUCAAAUUACACCAUUAAAACUAACAAUUAUUCCCUUCAUUCCAAAAUAAGUGUCCACAUUAUGUAUAAAUAUAAUGUAUAAAUGGGAGAUUUAUUUUUAAAUGGAGGGAGCACUUUAUUGUAACUUUAAUAGAGGACGUUUUAUUAAAGUAAAACAAUUUUUUCCAAUUAUUAUUGAUGCUUGCAUUAAAUUUUUCGUUGUCGAAAAGUUACCAAAAAUAUCGUAAAAUAUUUUACUUCCUCCUUUAACUUUUUACAUGAGGUAUUUCUGUAAAAUCAAUUUCUGAGAAUAAUCAUAACAAUUUCGAGUUAAACUGUUCUGUCUUUUUCCAUCCGAAGAUAUCAUAGGAAAAUUAUAGAAAAGUUUUCCUAAAUGGGUAUUCACUGUCAAUUUUAGUCAAGUCUUCUAAAAAAACCUAAUAGAGAAAGUAAUGUUAUCGAUGUAUAUUGACGUUGUACAAAAGUAAACCUGCCUCAUGAAGAUUACGACUUAUUCUUAAAAAAAUAUACCUAUAAAACCUUAACAUCUCUUUAGUGUUACCACUAAAAAUACUAGUAUCUUCGUUUUUUUUCCUUUUUGUUAAACUAAACUAUUUGUUUUAAAGAGGGAAGACGGUAAUUUAUAUUAUUAAUAAAAUUUCAUGUAAAAAAUUUUAUUCAACAACUGUUAUUGCAAAACUUCGUUAUAUGUUUUUGUUUUCAUUUAAAUCAUAUGUACAAAAUCAGAGUGAAAAAAACGAA